AUGCCCCCGCUCGAGGUCCCCUCCGCUGUGAAUUCGCAGAUGACCCCUCUGCCUUCUAUGAAUCCUUGGGCGGUUUCUAGAACUCGACGUAACAUCCCUUUUGUUCCAGCUGCAUGUGUUAUUUGCCGUAGACGGCACGUGAAAUGCGAUGGAAAACGUCCUUGUUCCCGCUGCAAAGAUGUUAAUUUAGACUGCGUCUAUGUCUCUUCCAGGCGCGGGUACAAUGGCCGUCAACGAACGGCCAGUCGAUCCUCUAGUCAACCUGCAGCAGCAGAAAGUUCUGUCAAUACUGUCGCUCUCGCAGCAACCACGAUCGGUUCUGCUCCCCCAGUACCAGCACUUGAUAUCCCAUCUAUCACUGAUCCCUCCAUAUUUUCCGGCAUUGUCCCAGGUUAUCCUGGAUUAAACAGAACUGUCCCAAUCGUCAUACAUCCUCAAACAACUUCGUCAACUAGUUUACCUGUCCUUUCUUUCCAGAGUCCGUGUGGUGGUAUAGGCGAGCCGGACCUAGGAUUUGGCGUAAAAGUACCUCGGGCUCUCCCUCUGAGAGAACCUUUCCUCGAAUCGUUCUAUCGGAAUUUCUACGCCGCGCAUCCUUUCAUACCACCAAGGGAGCUUCUUCUCGUGUUAACACAGGAGACCUCCCUGGAGCCUCUGCUUGCAGCUAUACGCUGGAUUGGUUCUCUAUAUAUCGAGAAAGACACCCCUCUCAGCCUUUUUAAGGAUGCCUCCCGCCUGAUAGAAGGUAAUCCCCUCGAAGAUGGCUUCUCAGUGCAGGCGAGGUUGCUUCUCAUCAUUGGACUUGACGGCAACCGUCAACGAAAAAGGGCUGAAAGGCUGAUGACAGAAGCCCGGGAUAUCUCUAUCCAGAUUAGCCUAAACACUGAUCGAUUUGCAACUACCAACGGACAAGGAAUGCCCAUACUUGAGGAGAGCUGGCGGAGGACAUGGUGGGAGCUUUAUGUUGUGGAUGCUCUAAUGUCGGGUGUGCAUCAAACAGACACCUUUGCUCUGUAUGGUGUUCCUGCGGAUGUAGCUCUGCCUUGUGAAGAGUACCAAUAUCUUACAGGGCAAAUACCUACCCCUAUGCACCCAUACGAUAGGGAAAAUAUUGGACUGUUCGAUGGCAGGCCAUUCUCAUCCUACACCUAUCGAAUUCAAUGUGCCUCCUUCUUGGGAAACCUACAGAGGAUGCCAACACAGGUUGAACACAUCGAUAAGCUUCUCGCUAACUGGAUGCUUCGCCUACCACCUGCAAAAUAUGACGCUUAUUGCAAUGGCGAGCUUGAUGAGAUGAUGUUCCAGGCCAUCAUGAUGUGGCACGCCAUAUCCAUUCUCUUACACCAGCCUCACUCGCAACUGGAUCCAUCUUCAACUCACUACAUCAAGGCCUGCGCACCCAACACGCCGGCCAUAUCCAGCGAUGCCUUCAAUCCACAUACAAAACGCACGAUCCGGGCUGCGAGGGAGCUCAGCAAGAUGGCCACCUUCCGCGUUCCUCUCCUCUCACACACUCAUUUCUUUGCCUACAUGUUGACACUCUCAUCUACAAUACACCUCAGCAAAUGGUCAUUAGCCUUUGUUGCCCAAGAGGAUGAGGAUCUCCGUCAAAACAUGUCUCAAAGUAUUGGGGCGCUUGUAAAGUACGCUGAGAUGUGGCCUAUGGCGCAACACUUGGGAUCUCAAGUAAGGCAAAUCGCAAGGGAGGUGUAUAUGAUGAAAAAGCGAGAGCAGCAACAGCCUCCACAAUAA